AUGGCUUCCUCUGCUUCUUCUUCUUCUUCUUGUUCUAAAUCCUCUGCAUCAUGCCUUUCUCUCACUCUGUUUCUUCUGCUCUCAUGUUCAUUCUCUGCUGCCCUGCGGUACCAACCAUCAUCCCCUUCUCCACUAAAACUCGUUUCUCCGGCGGCAAAACGAGGACAAGGGCAAGCGGAAAGGAUGAUUCGCUCCCUGAAUUUGUUCCCCAAACACGCAGCCAACGUCGUUUCGAACAACCAUUCGGGUCACAGCGACGAUCAUCAUCAGCCGGGAAUCAAAGAGAAGCGGUUCAGCUUCAACGUCACCGGCGGCGCAGGCCCGUCAAUUCAGCAGUUCGGUCAUUACGCCGGCUACUAUUCUCUUCCAGACACCAAAGGCGCCAAGAUGUUCUAUUUCUUCUUCGAAUCCAGGGUGAACAACACCGAUGCGCCGGUGGUGAUAUGGCUGACCGGCGGGCCGGGUUGCGCCAGCGAGCUUGCUCUGUUCUACGAGAACGGUCCGUUCAAAAUUACAGAGGACAUGGCUCUGCAGUGGAAUGAUUAUGGUUGGGAUCAGGCGUCGAACAUAUUGUACGUCGACCAGCCGACGGGGACCGGUUUCAGCUACACGACCGACGACAGUGACAUCAGGCACGACGAGACCGGCGUCAGCAACGAUCUGUACAACUUCCUUCAGGAAUUUUUCAGAGGACAUUCGAAAUACGCGGGAAAUGAUUUCUACAUCACCGGAGAAUCCUACGCCGGCCAUUACAUCCCUGCUCUGGCUUCAAGGAUUUUCAAGGGGAAUCAGAAGAAGGAAGGAGUUCACAUCAACAUGAAGGGAUUCGCAAUCGGAAACGGCCUCACCGACCCUGCGUACCAAUACAGAGCCUACCCUGACUUCGCCCUCGCCGCGAAACUGAUCUCCCAAUCCGACCGCGACUCCAUCGCCAGCGACCUCGUCCCGCCCUGCGAAUCCGCCAUUGCAGCCUGCAGCCCGCAGAGCGAGGAUUCCUGCGAUGAAGCCCUCGACACCUGCAACCAAAUCUUCCAGUCCAUCCUCCAGAUCGCCGGCAACAUAAACUACUACGACAUCAGGAAACAAUGCGAGGGCCAGCUCUGCUACGAUUUCUCCCGAAUGGAAAACUUCCUGAGCGAGGACACGGUGAAAUCGGCGCUGGGAGUGGAAAACGACAUCGAAUUCGUCUCCUGCAGCAGCGAGGUCUACGACGCGAUGAUGGGUGACUGGAUGCUCGAUUUCGAGGUCGGGAUCCCGGCGUUGCUGGAGAGCGGGGUGAAAGUGCUGAUCUACGCCGGCGAGUACGACCUGAUCUGCAACUGGCUGGGGAACUCGAACUGGGUCGACGGGAUGAAGUGGUCGGGGCAGAGGAAUUUUCAGGCGGCGGCCAGCGUGCCGUUCGUGGUGGCGGGAAAUUCGAAAUCGGCGGGGGAGGUGAAGAGGUAUGGGCCGCUGGGCUUUUUGAAGGUGUACGAUGCGGGCCAUAUGGUGCCCAUGGACCAGCCCAAGGCCGCGCUGCAGAUGCUGGAAGGGUGGAUGCAGGGGAAGCUUUGAGCCUUUUGACCAAUCCUUGCAACUAGAAAAGUUCUCUUUCUUUGAGGAUGGGAUUUGCAUAUGUGAAUUAUUGUUAGAUUUGUGUUGAUAUUUCAAUCAUGAUGAAAAUUGAUGUGAUAUAUAAGCAAAUAAUUUGAGGUAUGUAAUCUAUACAAGAUAACUUGUUUGUGGUUAAAUGGGAAUUAUUUUGCUUUAA